AUGUCCUCCGGUGAUUUUUCCUCGAUCGACAGGGGUGGUCUUAAUCUGCCCCAAGUGUCGAACAACUUCACCAAAGCCUCUUCUGACGUUGCUGGCCCAGCUUUACCAACCUCCAAGGAUAACACUUGUUUGCCGAGUGUUUCAGCGCAGAAGAAUCAGCAGCCGCUGCUUGGUUCUUCCUCUUCUACCGCGAAAGCUGUUGGAAUGGUGUCCUCUUAUGCUCAUGUCACGGCCCCCCAAAGGGUCAGGAAGCCGGACUUACCGGCACAUAAAUUCCACGCGCUUCAACCCUUUGCUCAAGGAGGACAUGGCGUGCUCAAAGUUCCUCGAGAAAUCCAGAAUUUUCAAGCGUCAAAAUUCCAACACGCGCUUAUUGGUCGUUUCAUGAUGAAUAAGGGUGAAAAACCUAGGAUCACUAGAGAACUCAAGGCGGAAUUACAAUCGUUGUGGGCGAUUAAAUCUCCUUGGUUUCUCAUGCCGAUGGGAAGAGGAUUCUAUACUUUAAAGUUCCUAGAUAAGGAAGAUAAGGCUACCGCUAAACGACAUGUGAUCUGGGAUCUUCAUGCAGGUUCGAUACGUCUUCGUGAUUGGGCUCGCUGUUUUAACCCCUAUAAAGAAUCGUCCUCCUUGGCUCAAGUUUGGGUGAGAGUCUAUUACCUGCCGGUGGAGUUCUGGCAUCCGGAGGUUCUUUCGGGCAUUGGUCGAUGGUUGGGACAACCGUUGAAGAUUGAUGGUACGUCUAUUGAUGAUGAAGUAGCUCACUUUGCUCGUAUUUUAGUGGAAAUUGAUCUCUCUCAACCUCUCCCGGAAUUCAUGACUAUCGAUGGAGAAGCUCCUCAAUAG